AUGAGAGUGCUUCAUCUACUUACCCUUCUAGCCGUCGGCUUUGCUCUCGAUGUCCCAGAUACCUCUAAUCCUGGCGAUACCCUCAACAUUCGUGAUAUCAUUGAAGAACCCAGAAACUUCACCAUUGAUGACCCACUUCAGGCCCAACAGAAUCUCUUCCAGCCCAGCCUGCCCAUCGGGAAGCUGGACCUCAUCGUCAAGCUGGCAGACACUGCAAGUGUAUCUGCAUACCUGGGUGUGUACCCGGAAGCCAAAGAUUAUAUUAAAUCUACUUUUGCGUUCGGCAAGUUUAAAGGAUUCAGUGGGGCGUUUGAUUCCAGCUUUUUAUCGACUCUGCGACGAUGUCCCUGGGUCGUAGACAUCAGUCCUGACGUCAUGGUCCAUACCACUCAACGAUUCCCUUCCAGCCGUCUCAGACAGAACGACGCCCCCAGACAUCUGGCGCGACUCUGGUCUCGAAGAAGACUUCCAGAUGAUGAUGUCUCUGGAACUGUCCCUGCAGACGACGCGCCAUCGCCGCCUCUUGGCACCAAUUCGCCGCUGUGGUUUGUGCAUAACCCAUAUAACACCGAGAACGUCCAUGCGUACGUGAUUGACACAGGCAUUAACGUUGACCACCCCGAGUUUGGAGGCAGAGCCAAUGCUGGAGCAGACUUCACGGGAGAAGGGUCAGGUGACACCAACGGUCAUGGAACUCAUGUUGCAGGCCUGGUUGGCUCUCGAACUUAUGGCGUGGCGAAGCGGAUUAACAUUAUCGAAGUCAAGGUUCUCGGGCGAAACGGCGAUGGGUCACUUUCGCAGGUCAUCGCAGGGAUUGACUUUGCGGCGAAUGACCGGGCACGCAGGGACCUGGUCGCAGUCGCCAACCUUUCGCUUGGUGCAACCUACAACCGUCUCCUGAACGAUGCAAUCGACGCAGCCGUGGACUCAGGCCUGCCAGUGGUCGUGGCUGCAGGCAAUAGUGGCGUCCCUGCAUGUACAUCGAGUCCAGCAUCGUCUAGCAAGUCCAUUACUGUUGGUGCUAUUGACGACAGGGGCGACACCAUCGCCAGCUUCAGCAACUACGGCAGCUGUGUUGACAUCUUCGCCUCAGGGGUCUUUGUCCAGUCCCUCAGCAACGACUAUGGAACAAUGGCUUUAUCCGGUACAUCGAUGGCAGCACCAAUUGUGGCUGGUGUCGUGGGGACAAUGCUUGCUCAAGGGGUUCCGGCAGACGAGGUCUUUCCCGAACUGCUCAGAGUAGCCACAUAUGACCAGAUUCCACGCAUGGCGGUGCAGAUGAGACCCUUCACCAAAAAUAUAAUCGCGUCUAAUCGGUUUUAG